CUCUCUCUCUCCCUCUGACGUCGCAGUUCCCGUGCGUUGCGCUCUCACCGCGCCGUCCCUCUCCGGCUCCGGUGCGACCCUCCUCCGGGGUAAUGUGACUUCAGGGACGGAAGAGGGAGACAUUCGCAGCACUGACGCGCAGGACAUUUAUUUAUUUAUUUAUUUAUUUUAUUUUUUUGUUUCCAAGUGACAGUCCUUGAAACCUGUGACCUCUUGACCUCACAUGACCGAUUAUAAAACGUCAACAUAACCAUACAUACAUGAACCCAGAAGAUUAACUUCACAACUACAUUUGAAAUACAGAGUAUUACCAUGUCAAAUAUUGGUAGUAAGUAGUAGUAUUAGUGUUUUUAUUCAGUCAUCACAUACAAUACAAUGAGUGAAGCCAAACAAUCUAGUACACCAUAUGACUGAAAAGGUAAAGGCAGAAGCAUAAUGCUUAUAUAUUCCUGUCCUAAAUUCUUAUCAAUAACUUCAAGAUAGAACUCCUACAACAGAGAUACAUCUUCUUUUAAUCCCUUUUCUUUUUACAUGACUCAUGUAUUGAUAACAACCUUUGUACACAGUUGUCAGUCACUUUGCAUUCUUUUAAAAUUGACCAAAUCAUUAAAUUUCAUAACAAGAGAAUUUACAAACGAUGGAUUUAUGUGCAAGUGGGAGUGUGGUAAUAACUGUUUCUCUCUCUCUGUGUGUGCUGUAAUCCGAGUUGCUCUGCGAUUUCUUAAACGCCUUCUUCAAACCAGUGUGACAUUAUGGUUUAAUGUCACAUAGCAGGUCCACCACGUGUCGCUGUGCUUGGUUACCGGUGUUAUGGUGCCAUGCCCGAGUGUAAACAAAGCUGUACCUCAUAGCAACCUGCAGGAAACAGGAAACACAAAAUAAUAAACCAUAAAUAAACGCUGUUAGCGCGGUCGUUUGCACUGUUCCUGCUGUGAGCGCCGUUAGCAGCUAGCCGCUCGCUGCGUGUUGAGAACCAUGUGGAGGCAAUAAAUUUGAAUUAACUUAACUUAAAGGAACACGGUAAUGAGUGUGAUUCAUUGGCAGAAAUGGAAAUGGGUGUAUAAUGUGUGAAGCUAAGAAUCUUUAUGUUUUUGUCAGCUCAGAAAAAGCCAUUUAUAUAUCUACAAAUGGAGCGGGUCCUCUUCCAUGGAGUCCGCCAUGUUGCAUCGCCAUGUUUCUACAGCAGCCUAGAAGGGCCAAACCCAACGCUGGCUCUUUUGCUCGUUACAUGUGCAAUAACUCAUUUAUUUACACGUAAAAAGCCGACACUUUAUCAAGACAGCCGUUCAACAAGCAUGAAAAUAUAAACAAAGGCUAAACCUAAUUUAAUCAGCCGCCAAUAUGUUCACAGCACAAAAGCGUUUUCUUUUUUCACAAACACGCUGAACCAGAAGCUGUCUGUUGUCUGUUUGUCAGAGUUUGUUCUUAUUAUUGAACGUGAUCAUUCAUAAACUUCACUCAGGAAUGUUAUCUAUUUCAUUGGCAUUUUUAUAUUUGUUUCCAGUGAGAUAUGAAUGACUUUAUAUAGUGACUUUGCUGUUGUAAACAUGCUGCUAGAAACAAUAUUUAGUUAUAUCUAAAUUAUUAUUUAUUUGUAAAAAUGUAAGUAUUGAUUAGAGUAGCUCCCUUGGAGUAAUAAAAUCGUAAAUACACCUAUCCCUAAGGGCCACCGUAGUUCUCUGAGACGCUUGGGAAAGGAGGGGUGAACAAGUUACCACUAGAUGCCAUGCAUUAUUAUUAUUAGUGGUGUCAUAUAUUCAAUAUUGCAGCUUAAAAGUGGGCCAAUUUUAUACAGUAUAUUUAUUUAACCAGGUGAAUCCCAUUGAGAUUAAAAAUCUAUUUUUUGAGGGUGACCUGGCCAAGAAUAUCCUGCUAGUUGUAUUCAUUAAGAAUGUUAACCUGCAAAGUAACUAAUGUUGUCAAAUAAAUGCAGUAGUAUGAUUAUAGAAUAAUGAAAAAGUAAAGAACAAGUGCCUCACACACGAGUCCAGUCCUCAGUCCAGUCCACCCCUGGUCCUGACCUGCUGGUGGGGUCCGACUCUCUGAUCCCAUCGCCCGGUCUCUCCAGUCUCAACUCAAUGACCCUGAACGUCUCAUCCGACUCGAGUGCAGUCGCUUGUCCUUGUAUUUGCUCGCCACCUAGUGGUGACGGCUGGAAGUUGGCACUCCACCACUUGUUAAUCUGCCAGAGGCCAUUUUGAGCCGCACGGCGGUGUUGCCUCACGCUUGACUGGUGUGAGUAAUGUGCAAGACGUCAAUAAACAAGAAAAGACAGACAAAUAAACAAACAAAACCUUGGCUCGGAUGCACGCGCCUGAAACCAAAACGUGUCGUUCUUCCAAAGCAACUUAACUGAUGGGGGGAGUAAGUGAAGGAGAUGAUGUGUUGGCUCGAUGGAGUGAUGGACUACUGUACCUCGGCAAUGUGAAAAGAGUAGAUGGAGUCAAGCAGUGUUGCCUGGUGAGAUUUGAGGACAACUCUGAGUUCUGGGUGCUGAGGAAGGACAUUCACUCGUUCGCUGCCGGAGUGGAAGAAGUUUGCUGUAUUUGCGACGCUCCGCCUCUUAAAGAACCCCUCAUAAAUUGUCUUAAAUGUCGCCACGGCUAUCAUCCGGAGUGCCACACGCCAGCCAUCGAACCGGAAGCUGACAGCGAUUCGUGGAUAUGUCGGCAAUGUGUCUUUGCAGUCGCAACCAAGAGAGGCGGGGGGCUCAAGCGGGGACGCUUCGCCCGGCUCAUGCAAUUCAUGAAACUCCGGCUUCCCUACCAGCUGUCGUCUUUGGACUGGGACCCGCAGCAUCUGACCAAUCAGCAACAGUGCUACUGCUACUGCGCCGGACCUGGAGAGUGGAACCUGAAGAUGUUGCAGUGUGGAAGCUGUGGCCAGUGGUUCCAUGAGGCCUGCACACAGUGUCUAACCAAGCCACUGCUGUAUGGAGACAGGUUUUAUCAGUUCCAGUGCUCGGUGUGUACAAAGGGACCCGAGACCAUCCAGAGACUACCCAUGACCUGGAUGGAUUUGGCUCAUUUAGUGCUCUACCAUCUCUCACUGUGCUGCAAGAGGAAAUACUUUGAUUUUGACCAUGAAAUCCUGUCCUUCACCAAUGAGAAUUGGGACUCGUUGCUCCUGGGCGCGCUCUCUGACACGCCAAGGCAAGACCGCUGUCACAAUCUGCUCAACGCUCUGAACUCCCACAAGGACAGGUUUGUCUCCGGAAAGGAGAUCAAGAAGAAGAAGUGUCUUUUUGGGCUUCAGGUCCGAGCCCCGCCUCCGCUGACGUCCGAUUCGUCGCCCCUCAUCACCGACCAGCCUAUCAACAUCACGCACCGGAGAAGCCCGUUGUCACUACCCUGCCAGAGGAGAGUGGGGGGGGCGGAGUCGCGUAAAUCAAAGCGUCGCAUCAUGGAGACACAGGCUUGUCCACCCCCAGUUGCUGCCAACCCCAUUGAGCUGCUGCCAUGUUGCCAUGGCUACAUGGGAGGGGCCAGCCUCUACAACUCCAGGAAGUCAGAGGAGGAGCUUAGUUUGAGCUCUCCUCCCAAGCGGAUGUACGCUCUGUACCACAGCUCGUACAACGGAAACACUGCCCUCUCCAGGGGUCUCCAUCACUCCAACAGCGUGGAGGACACCUGCAGAGUACCACCACCUUGCUUCCCAUACCCCCUAAACACCAACGGCAGCCACCAGCACCACCACCACCACCAGCACCAAAACCAGCACCAACACAACCACCAACACCAGCCGGGGCCGAAGCAGCUGGAGCCCCUCAUCCAACGUGACAUGCCCCCAUACCAGGCCGGUGUGGGCGCAGGGGGCGGUGUAGGAGGCGGAGGAGGUGACGGCGGAGGAGGAGGCGGCGGGGUGGUAGUCGGAGGAGGUGACGGGACAGUGGCCAGGAGCUGGGGAGGAGGCGAGGCGGUGAGGAUCUUGGCGAGGCGCGUCACACCAGACGGGAAGGUGCAGUACCUUGUGGAGUGGGAGAACGUGAAUUUGUACUGACACGAAGGGAAUAAACGGGAGACGCAAUGACUGUUUUGCAGUUGCCACGGGAACACUGCGUACGUAAAACGUGGCGGUGUUUAAAGUACAAACAAAACAUAGAAUCACCUCUAUUCUGCAUCAUUAUAACUCACUGCUCGUUACUCAAUGUCCCUCUUUGCUAGUGUUUCUCUGAUAUUUGUACUGUUAACUUUGGAAUAUGCCUUUGCAUUUAUCAUGUUUAACAGUGAUGAGGAUGAAGAUAUUUAAACCUCCUGAUGAUUUGUAAAUCUUAUCGUAUUCAAGAAGAGCAUGUCUUUAAUUGUAGUCACAUCUUGAUAUACAGCGCUGUAGAUAAGCAACAGUAUGGGAUGUUUAGGAAAAGAAAGAUUACUGCUUCUUCAUUGCUUUGGUAAUAUCGCGAAAACCUUCACAGCUUCUCAUCUAGACAAAAUUCUGCUAAUUUAAAUGGUUAUUGAUCCGCUUAUCCGACUCCCAUUUCCCAAAUAUUAUUUUAUAACAACAAUACAAAAAGCUUGGUGUGACUUAGGUUGGCUUACUGUUUUAAAAACAGGGCGCCAUAGUUUCUGCUGCAUGGUAACCUUACCGCUAGAUGGCGCCAACGUCCACAUACUGCACCUUUUAAAUGCUGAGGAAAACAAGGAUUAUCUGUAACCUGGCGGGCAAAAAAGAUUCACUUUUCAAACCAAAUUCAGCCAUCUAGACAUCAGAAUAAACUGACUCAAAUCCCCAAAUCAGGGCUUAGAAGUUACUUUAAAUAAGGUCACAAAAAUACUAUAUAUAAUAUAACAAAUGACAGGGAUUUACAAAGGAUGAGCACGCUAACCAGCCAGUAGCCAACACCCUUAAGGAUGAGCACGCUAACCAGCCAGUAGCCAACACCCUUAAGGGUGAGCAUGCUAACCAGUCAAUAGCCAACACCCUUAAGAGUGAGCAUGCUAACCAGUCAAUAGCCAACACCCUUAAGGGUGAGCACGCUAACCAGCCAGUAGCCAACACCCUUAAGGAUGAGCACGCUAACCAGCCAGUAGCCAACACCCUUAAGAGUGAGCAUGCUAACCAGUCAAUAGCCAACACCCUUAAGGGUGAGCACGCUAACCAGCCAGUAGCCAACACCCUUAAGGAUGAGCACGCUAACCAGCCAGUAGCCAACACCCUUAAGAGUGAGCAUGCUAACCAGUCAAUAGCCAACACCCUUAAGAGUGAGCAUGCUAACCAGUCAAUAGCCAACACCCUUAAGGGUGAGCACGCUAACCAGCCAGUAGCCAACACCCUUAAGGAUGAGCACGCUAACCAGCCAGUAGCCAACACCCUUAAGAGUGAGCAUGCUAACCAGUCAAUAGCCAACACCCUUAAGGGUGAGCACGCUAACCAGCCAGUAGCCAACACCCUUAAGGAUGAGCACGCUAACCAGCCAGUAGCCAACACCCUUAAGAGUGAGCAUGCUAACCAGUCAAUAGCCAACACCCUUAAGGGUGAGCACGCUAACCAGCCAGUAGCCAACACCCUUAAGAGUGAGCAUGCUAACCAGUCAAUAGCCAACACCCUUAAGGGUGAGCACGCUAACCAGCCAGUAGCCAACACCCUUAAGAGUGAGCAUGCUAACCAGUCAAUAGCCAACACCCUUAAGGGUGAGCACGCUAACCAGCCAGUAGCCAACACCCUUAAGGAUGAGCACGCUAACCAGCCAGCAGCCAACACCCUUAAGGGUGAGCAUGCUAACCAGUCAGUAGCCAACACCCUUAAGGGUGAGCACGCUAACCAGUCAGUAGCCAACACCCUUAAGGGUGAGCACGCUAACCAGUCAGCAGCCAACACCCUUAAGGGUGAGCACGCUAACCAGCCAGCAGCCAACACCCUUAAGGGUGAGCACGCUAACCAGCCAGCAGCCAACACCCUUAAGGGUGAGCACGCUAACCAGUCAGUAGCCAACACCCUUAAGGAUGAGCAUGCUAACCAGUCAGUAGCCAACACCCUUAAGGGUGAGCACGCUAACCAGUCAGUAGCCAACACCCUUAAGGAUGAGCACGCUAACCAGUCAGUAGCCAACACCCUUAAGGGUGAGCACGCUAACCAGCCAGUAGCCAACACCCUUAAGGGUGGUGGCUGCUGGCUGCUCGUGGACAAAAAGCAGUAACCUUUUUACGGACCAGGAUGAAGCCUGUAGAUGGAGUCUUGUACAGUAUUUUAGUUUUAACGCCUUGCUUAAGGGCACUCUGGCAGUAUUGGUUGAGCCCUGUCAUCUGCUCAGACUUCAUUAAAAAAAAUCGAAUCCUCCGGAGGUUUUCAUAUUUCUUUUCCCUCAUCGCGGUAUGUUAAUAAGAGAUUGUAUACAUGUUAUUAUGGGGGUUACUUAUUUGUUAUGUUAGAUUUUGUCAUGCAUAAUUUACAUUUAGACUACUGUAUUAGAAAUAGGAGCCACGAGACGGCUUUUGUUUUAUAGAUAGAAUUAUAUAUUCACAAUAUAUUGCUAUGAUGGAAUAACUUUAUUCUAUUUUUUUGACGUGGUUGAAUAGUGCCUAUAUGGGUUGCGUACCUGCCGGUUGGUCUGCCGACCCGAGUCGACCAAUCAGACGACGGAGAGAUGAGCGAGGCCGUAUUGCUACUAGACAAGAGGAUGGCUCUUAAUCAGUAGACAGACACGACUCCAUGGUAACAAGGACCGGUUAUAACGUUGAGUUGUGUUAACCAGAACGAGACUGUGGUGUAACUGUACAUUCCAAACAAACCAAUAUAUAUAUAUAUAUAUAUAUAUAUAUAUAGAGAUAUAUAUAUAUACACACACAUGUUAUUGAAAUGUCUGUUUGAAGUCAUCAGAAUGGAAAUUACUUUUUCUUUUCUUCUUUGUUUGGUUUUUGAUGGGUGUUAAAUGUCAUGGAGGUCAGCGAGAGGUGUAGUUCAGGUUCAUGUCGCAGGGAGUUCAGUCCUUGAGUUCAAAGUAACAGUCCAGGUGAAGAAGACGCUGAUAGGCCCGACUCGUAACUCAAACCCAUAGUUUCUUCCAGGGUCUAACAGUCUAUAAUUUAAAAAGGCUACAACAUGGCAUGAAGUGGGACUUCAUAAAGUGAGGUGCUGGAGUUGAAUUUUACCUUUUGUGCAAACAGGUUACAUAAAUCUAGAAUACUGAGGUGCAAGUUUCAGAGUUUAUAUUUUAUACAGAGGUUUAUUUCAGCAAUCUGUGCGAUAAAACUCACACAAACGUAUACAUUCGUCAGUUUGAUCCGUCAGGAGAGACUGCAAUACUAAGGUGACAAAAGCAAAAGGACAAAUACAGCAUUCAUACUAUAAUCAAACAAUGCAAAUCUUUAUUUCUAAACCGACCUUCCUGUUGAAUUUUCUCCUGCAUACAUUUCAGGCCAGUGAGAUUCUGUUGAUUGCGAUUCUCAUCCUCCUCAGUGACUAUUUGACUGUAGUUUAUUAGGGAAGGGGUGUGUUGAACCUUUCUAGGCGAUGGUGAUGAAUGUAUUUGUGUGUUUUCUAUGGUAUGUCUAUACCCGUCAAGUGCUUGUUAUAGGUCGUACUCGAGGUACUCAACCCGAUUCAUUUAAAACAAAACAAAAAAAUUGAGGAAAUGAAGACAUCAACAUUGAGGAACAUCAUUUAUUUUGGGAGAUGUAGUCUUCUUAUUUCUGAUAAGUAGUCCAAGUUCAGUUUGAUGUAUUUUUUGGAGAAAUUACAUUUGUAUGUAAACUCUGCGUUGACACCUAAUAUGUAACAUGAAUAAUAAAAAAUAAA